UGAAGACCCAACGGCUAAACAUCCCCUAGAAGGCUAGAAUCACUAGUAGUACUAAUAGUGCUUAAUUCCUGAUUGCGAAAUUCCCCUUUCGAGUCUCGUCCAUUAUUCUGGACUCUGGAGAACAAUUCUGAUUGUGAAGCUUCUUCACUUAGAGCUUAUUUAAAAUUCAAGAAUCCCGAUUUUCCCCAAAUCGAAAGACUGAAAACAACUUCUUCGCUAUAGUAUUGUACUAUUGUUGAUUCUUGAGAACAACACUGAUGGCGCAUCGGCUACUCCGAGAUCUCGAAGCAGAUGGGUGGGAACGUUCUGAUUUCCCCAUUAUAUGUGAAUCUUGCCUUGGUGACAAUCCCUAUGUCCGCAUGACAAAAGCAGAAUACGAUAAAGAAUGUAAGAUCUGCACAAGGCCAUUUACAGUUUUCCGAUGGAGACCUGGUAGAGAUGCAAGAUAUAAGAAAACUGAGAUUUGCCAGACAUGCUGUAAAUUGAAAAAUGUAUGUCAAGUAUGCCUUUUGGAUCUUGAGUAUGGUUUGCCUGUUCAAGUUCGAGAUACUGCCCUUAGCAUCAAUACCAAUGAUGCCAUCCCCAAGAGUGAUGUCAAUAGGGAAUAUUUUGCAGAGGAACAUGACCGCAAGGCGAGAGCUGGUCUGGAUUAUGAUUCCUCUUAUGGAAAGGUGCUGGCUAAUGACACUAUUUUGAAGCUUCAGAGAACAACACCGUAUUACAAAAGAAACAGAGCUCACGUUUGCAGUUUCUAUAUCAGAGGUGAAUGUACUAGAGGUUCUGAGUGUCCUUACAGGCAUGAGAUGCCUGACACCGGGGAGCUCUCACAACAAAACAUCAAGGACCGUUACUAUGGAGUGAACGACCCAGUUGCAAUGAAGCUGCUCAACAAGGCUGGUGAAAUGCAGACACUCGAGCCUCCAGAGGAUGAGAGCAUCAAGACUCUAUAUGUGGGUGGACUUGAUGCCAGAAUUACCGAGCAAGACCUUAGAGAUAACUUUUAUGCCCAUGGUGAAAUAGAGUCUAUUCGGAUGGUUCUCCAGCGAGCUUGCGCUUUUGUGACAUACACCACUCGAGAAGCCGCAGAAAAGGCUGCAGAAGAACUAUCGAACAAACUCGUCAUAAGGGGUCUGAGGCUGAAGCUAAUGUGGGGUAGACCUCAACAGCCCAAGCCUGAGACAGAUGUCGCUGAACAAGCAGCACAACAGGCUGCAGUGGCACACAGUGGGAUGCUUCCUAGAGCCGUCAUAUCUCAGCAACAGACUCAACUUCUUCCUCCUGGCACAAGUCAGGAUCAGAUCUCUGCACCGGUGCCGUAUUUUAAUAUUCCACUCCCACCGCAGCAGGAUAGAGCGUUCUACCCAUCUAUGGAUCCACAACGAAUGGGUGCGCUCAUCCCAUCUCAUGAAGGAUCCUCAAAUAGUGCAUCUGGGUUGGAGGAAAACAAAAACGGAUCUGAAAAGCAGCCUCAAGUACACCAACCAUAUGGCUACCCGGGUAUGCCGCCUUCCUCGGGUCACUAUCAACAACCGUUUUACCCACCUUAUGGUUAUAUGCCACCACCACCGCCUCCUCAUUACCAGCAUUACCCUCCAGCCCAAUACCCGCACCACCAACCUACCGCAACUCCCCAACCUCCAGCAUCUCAGCCGAAGUAGUAGUAUCUGCAGCCUGCAUCACCUAGGAUUUCUAGAUAUUUAAUCAGAAUUUAUUGAGUUAUGCCUCUAUUUUGACAUCCUUUAUAGUAAGCUAAACUCACCCAAAUUGAAAUUUAUGUAACAUCUAGGUAAUUUUGACCUCAUAGCAUUGGGUUGCUUGUAUUUUCCGAUAAAUAUUUAUUAAUGCUUACCGGUUACACAACUUGUUGUGAGAGACGCAUUAGAUAUAUGGGCUAAAUAGCCUAAUUAAUAAGAGUGUGGACUUCUUGCUUUGAGUUCGUCUCUUUAAGAGAUGGUAUCUCACAAGAGUGGCUGAACUGGUUAUAUCCUUGGAACAAAAAGGGGAUCAAGGAAUUGCUGUAGACUUUGGCUGGUUGUAUGGAUGCAUCAAUGGCAUUGAAAGAAAACCGUUAACUCAGAUCUCAUUAGAUGUUUUCGAUUGUGACUGUGUUGAUUGACAUCAAAAUCUACCCGACUUAUCGUAUCAUGCACGGUGCAACUACGAAAAAGAUCGGCAAGGUGGCAAUUGUCUCAAGUCAAUGUAAUACUACUACAAGCAAACUUAUAGUUUCUAAGUAGCCGUUAAUAAUAUCAAAU